GCCCUCCCUCAAAAGACAGAGUCUGUAAUCAUGCAGAAAAGGACGGUCCAGCAUAAUGACUAUUUGGACAUUCUUCAUGCCUCCUCUUCUCUGCCUCCAAACAUAGCUCAAGUUUAAUUUAUUCCAGGCUCACGAAUUCUAAUUUUAUUCUUCACCCACAUGGCACUUGGGACUGAGUUAAAGUCUGGGUAGUAUAGGUGACCUCAAAAGGCAGCGGAGUCAAACGAGCCACGGAAAGCUGGAGGGGAAAGACUGAUGGAACGCACAGAGGAUGCGAAUUCUCUGGCUGCCGAGGGGAUGAAGCGCAGACUCGGGGUGACCAGAACGAUGACGAACGAGGAAAGAAGGCUAAGGGAGACAGAGAGGAAAAGAACGGAAUAGGAGGGAGUCGAUGAGGCUCAUGAGCAAACGGGAAGAGUCCUUUAAACGUGAAGGACCAUGCAGGGUCAUCAGAAAGGGGAAUGGAUUAGAGGGAGAAGUGGAGUCUGACGUGGGGUCACAGUCUUUCCGUAAUAAAGAGGGCGCCUAGUACUGCCUGAGGCUUGAACCCAGCCUGAGAAACCACAUCUGAAAAAUCGUGCUUAUGUCUGCAGUAUCAGCUUGGAUUCCUCAGGUUAUUCAGGGAUGGAUUAUCUUCAGCAUUGUUAAAUAUAUUAGCAUCAGUUUAGGAGAUGGCUUCUUUGCAAAGGAAAGGGCUGCAAGCAAGGAUUCUCAGCUCUGAAGAACAGGAGAAACUAAAAAGAGAUCAAGCUUUGGUGUCUGAUUUUAAGCAGCAAAAACUGGAGAAAGAGGCUCAGAAGAACUGGGACCUUUUUUACAAAAGAAAUAGUACUAACUUCUUCAAAGAUAGACACUGGACCACCAGAGAGUUUGAGGAGCUCAAAUCAUGUAGAGAGUUUGAAGAUGAAAAAUUGACUAUACUUGAAGCUGGCUGUGGUGUUGGGAACUGUUUAUUCCCACUUUUGGAAGAAGAUCUGAAUAUCUUUGCCUAUGCCUGUGAUUUUUCUCCAAGAGCAGUUGAAUAUGUCAAGGUAUUAAAACCAGGCAAAAGCGUCUUGUUUCGUGACUAUGGGCUGUAUGAUCAUGCCAUGCUUAGAUUUAAAGCUGGCAGCAAACUUGGAGAAAACUUUUAUGCUAGACAAGAUGGAACCAGAUCAUAUUUUUUUACUGAUGAAUUCCUGGCUCGGCUCUUUACGGACACAGGUUAUGAAGAAGUGGUGAAUGAGUAUGUGUUUCGUGAGACGGUGAACAAAAAAGAAGGCCUGUGUGUUCCAAGAGUUUUCCUUCAGAGCAAAUUCCGAAAGUGUCCUAAGAACCCAACUCCUGUGACCCUGGGCCCAGGUCACAAGUCCUGACCUUUCACGAGGUUGCCAUUUGUGCCUCCCUUUAAAAAGGAAAAUCUAAAGUCACUCUUCAUUUUGUGUAUUUUUAUAGUUUAACUUUUUUAAAUGAGGAUGUAUAAUUUUUAUAUUAAAAAAGGAGCAAGUGUC